CUGCAACAAGACAGAACAUCAUGCAGUGAUUUAUAGUGUGAUUUAGUGGGAGGAGCAGCUCCAGCUCCAGCAGCCCCCACCACGCUGGAGCUGGAGCUGGAGCCCGGGGGUGGGAAGGCUUUGUCCGGAUACGUGGUGCAACUUGAGGCGGUCCUAGUAGAGACCCACUCCAAACCAAACUUCAAAAAUGGCACCCUCCACUUCUUCCCAACUCUUCUCCGCGUUUUUAAUCUCGUUUUUCUUCUCCGUGGCUCACUCUCAGUAUGAGAAAUACAGCUUCAGGAGUUUCCCCAGACACGAGCUGAUGCCUCUGGAGUCCGCCUACAAGUACGCGUUGGACCAGUACACCGGGGAGAAGUGGAAGGAGACGGUGGAGUACAUGGAGGUGUCUCUGCGGCUCUACCGGCUGCUGAGAGACAGCGAGGCCUUCUGCAACCUCAACUGCAGCUCCGUCCGACUGGACGACGAGCAGAAGUUCGAGGAGUUCCCAGAGCUGCGUGCGUUUGGUAACGUAAUGAAGAGAGCUCAGUGUCUGAAGAGAUGCAAACAGGGGCUGCCAGCCUUCAGGCAGACCAUGCCCAGCAGGGACACCAUAGACGAGUUUGAGAGGAGGGAGCCCUACAAGUACCUGCAGUUCGCCUACUUCAAAUCUGACAACCUGGCCAAGGCGGUGUCUGCUGCCCACACCUUCCUGCUGAAGCACCCAGACGAUGAGAUGAUGCAGAGGAACAUGGCCUACUACAAGAGUCUGCCUGGAGCCGACGAACACCUCAAAGACCUGGAGACCAAAUCCUACGAGACUCUGUUUGUGCGUGCAGUACGGGCGUAUAAUGGAGAAAACUUCCGUACCUCGGUGUCAGACAUGGAGCUGUCUCUACGGGACUUUUUCAAGAUGUACGACGAGUGUCUGGCGGCGUCUGAGGGCCCCAGGGAUGUCAAAGAUUUCAAAGAUUUCUACCCUUCCAUAGCUGAUCACUACAUAGAGGUCCUUGUCAGGAAAGUGAGGUGUGAAAGAGACCUGACGCCUGUCGUAGGCGGUUUCGUCGUUGACAAUUUUGUGGCCACCAUGUACCACUACCUGCAGUUUGCCUAUUACAAAUUGAAUGACCUGAAGAAUGCGGUACCGUGUGCAGCCAGCUAUGUGCUCUUUGACUCCAAAGAUGAAGUCAUGAAGAAUAACUUGGCCUAUUACCAGUUCCACAAAAACCAGUGGGCCCUGACAGAAGAGGACUUCGUCCCCAGAUCAGAGGCACUGCGGUACUACAAUCAGACCACCAUGCAGCUACAGAUGUUGGAGUUCUCCAGACAGCGCCUGGUGAGCGACGACGAGGGGGAGGUGGUGGAAUUUAUAGAUGAGUUCCUGGACGAUGAUGAAUUACCCAAAUUGGAAACUCCGCCGAAACCCUGAAACACACAA